UCAGACUACCAUACCAAACACUUUGAUUACAUGAAGGUGUUUGGUAUGUUUUCAGAGGUGAAUUGAGGGUUAAUUGUGUCCCACAAAGGUCUCUAUCACCCUCCCUCUCUCCCUCUCCCUCCCCCCUUCUCUCUCUCUCUCUCUUUGCAGGCUCAGUCUGGAUCAGUCUAGACCGGAGCCGGUGUUGUAUAGAGGUCUGUCUCCACUGACGGUGCCACCAGCUCACCGGCGACACGUCACAUGGAGCCGAAUUAGAGCUCUUGUUUAUAGAUGAAACUCCUAUUAUUUCUUAAUUUCUUAUUCAAUCUGCGUUGUUUUUCAGGCUAAACUUGGACCAGCGUUCAUUCAGUGCGUUGGAGAUGUUCAUAAGCUCUAAGGACCUAUCCGUCGUGUUGAAACAUUUUAGAUCUUUUUUGAGAAGUUUGAUGUAGAAACCGGUGGACUGUGGGAUACGUAGGCGUUUAAUUAUCCAGCGCUGUCAGACUGGACCUGCUCUGCCAUUUCUGGCGUCAUCUACCUGAUAAUUCCCUGUGACUAUAGUUUAUCCACAGAGUGCUAUUCAUUGUCUUCUGCUUCUGUGGAGAAAUGUGGCGCAGAUUCUCCCUGCUGGUUUUAUGGUGUGCUGUGAGCGGAUUUGAUGCUCUGGAGGCGGAUAGAAGCGCGGAUGCCAAGCCGGAGAAGAUGCUGCUGACGGAGGCAGCAGAGCCCGGGAAGCCGGGCAAAGGUUCUCCCGGGGAGCAGCUUUCCCCGCAGAGAGGCGCUGCUGUUGGGGCGGAUGGGAAAGCUCAGCAGCGGCCCACCACUGAGCCUCUGGAGGAUGAGGUGGACAACCAGGAGAACAUCAUUAGCCAGUUGCUGGGAGAUUAUGACAAAGUGAAGACUGUGUCAUCAGGGUCUGACUGUGUCUGUCGCUGUAUUGUUCGACCAAUCAAACGCUCUGACUGCAGCCGUAUCCAUGACAGCGACUCGGCAUCACUGUCCCAGGAUUCCUACACGGUGGAGACGGUUACCAUGGGAACAGACUGCAAGAAGUGUGUGUGCAUGGCUCCCCCUUCAGCUGUCAACCCGUGUGAGGGAGAGUACAGGCUUAAAAAACUGCAGGAGGCCAGCAAGGAUGACAUUAAGCUGGCAACUAUCAUUGAUUUGUUGGAAGGCUCUCUGUAUGGGAUUGACUUGUUAAAGAUCCAGUCUGUCACCAACAAGCUGCUGUCCAGGGUGGACAACAUGGAGAAGGCUUUCACCCGUAAUUUUACAGAGAGAGUGAGAGAGAAAGAACGUGUGAAGGAGAGAGCGAAAGAAAAGGAGAGAGAGAAGAAGGCUCAGCAGCAGAAAAAAAAGAAAACAAAUGAUUUGGAGCGUUCUGGACCGAAAAGUGGAGCAGGUGCCUACAACAACAAGCAGCAGAAUAAUUAUGACGAGACUUACGUAGGAGGUCAACUAAAGAGGAGCCAACUGCAAGAUGGUGUGGAGCAACAACAGCCAGCCAAAAACAAGACAGGGACUCAAAAGGCAAUCAAAGAUAAGACGGAGCCAAAGCAGCCAAUCAAAGACAAGAACAGCGUGGUCAUCAGGGGUGUGACCUUUUACAAGGCAGAGGAGGGGAGCUUCAAGGAGGAGGAGGAGGAGGAGAGAAGGAGAGGAAAGAAUACAAGUGCUUCAGUGGACCUGCUGAUCCCUUAUCAGCUCCCACUUACCAGGAUUAUCCCCACCCGGAGUUCAAGACCUUCAGUGACUGUUCCCACCAAACAUGACAUCAAGGACUUCCCCAGGACACCGAGAAUGCCCACACCCACCCAGCAACCAACAGCUCCCCCGACUACCACCCAGCAAACCACACCUACAACCAAACCAACUCCCACUACUGUCAAAACGACGACUCAGUCAGCUACUAGCAUACCACCGACAACACGGACAACACCAACAACAACAACGACAACGACAACAACGACAGCACCGACAACAACGACAACAACGACAACAACGACAACCAAACUGAUUACUACUUCCAAACAAACUACCACUACUACAACUACUACACAGCCACCCAGUCCUGUCACUCAGCAUAAAAGCUCACCCUCAGACACCAACAUCAGUCCACCCAUUGGUGUGUCUCCAACGGCAACGUCUGAGCAAGGAUCCAAAUCUCGACUCAGCUGGACGGAGAGCCCCGCUGACCAGCCAAAGACCACAAAAAAGCCUGCAGUGUGUAAGGACACAGUAGCCAGCAUCUCGGAACCCAUCCAGCAGAACUCUUAUGGCCUCAGUGACGGAGCCUGGAUGAGAGAUGCUCGCGGCCAUGGCAGUGUCAUCUACCUUACCAACGGUCACUAUGGUGACAACCUCCAAGAGUUCAGAGACAUGGACUCCUUCAAAUCAGGUCAGGUCAGUAAUUCAUACAAGCUGCCCUACAGUUACACUGGAACAGGCCACGUUGUGUUUAACGGAGCUUUCUUCUACAACCGCGCCUUCAGCAGGGACGUCAUCAGAUAUGACCUGAGACACAGAUAUGUAGCUGCCUGGACCACGCUGCAUGACGCCAUACUGGACGAGCAAGUUCACAGGACACAAACUGAAGUGCAGUUUGCUGUGGAUGAGUCGGGCCUGUGGGUGCUCUACCCUGCUCUGGACACAGAGGGCUUCCACCAGGAAGUAAUGCUGCUCAUCCACCUCCGCUCCCGAGACCUGCAACCAGUACGGAGCUUCCGCACGGGUCUUCGGCACGGUCGCUACGGUAACAGCUUCCUGGUUUGUGGCGUGCUCUACGCAGUGGACAGUAUGGAGCAUCGCAAUGCCAACGUGACGUACGCCUUUGACACACACACGCUCACGCACACUGUGCCGAGCCUGGCGUUCACAAACAUGCACACACACACCUCGCAGCUGACUUACUGUCCGCUGGACAAGAAACUGUACGCAUGGGACAACGGACAUCAGAUGUUGUAUGAUGUCAUCUUUGCUUAUUAGCAUGAAGGAUGGACACUUGAGGAUAGAAAGAAUAAAGUAACUGAACAGAUAUUUUGUUAAUGAUGUGUUUCUAAAUGACUGUGGAUCAGUCUAACUGAACGAGUUUUUAUAUGGACCUCAGCUGCUGCUCUGCCACACGCAGCAAAGUCAGUGUUAACCAGUCAGAGUGGAAAUGCAUUCACAUUUGGAAAAGGACAAACCCCAUGGACCAUAUGUAUGAAUGUAAAUAGAUGCAUACACAUCUAACUCUGUUUCUCCAUGUGGAGAAAUUUCCAUUUCCUCUCUUUUUCUUCAUAAAUCAGACUGUGCUGGUGAAAUCACUGUGGAUCCACAUUUAGCUGUAAAUGGUUCUAGAAAUGCUCGUAAUUAACAUAUUAAUCCCAUUCAAUCAGACAAUCAAGAAUGUGGUUGUCCACAUUCAUGUAGACACACUUUCUCACAUCAAGCUUAUUUUUCAUAAGUAAUAAUCACUGUGGAGGACAGUUCUUCAUAUGUACAGUACAUGCUUUAAUCUUACAUCAAAAAACAUGGUGCUCACCUGAGACUCAUCAGAGAACAGGUUGGUUUCUGUUUAUGAGCCUCCUUUAGGCAACUGAAGUUGUGCAGUGGGAUUGAUCUUAGUAAAGGGGAUAUUCAUAUCUUCACAGAUUUUACAUAGUUCACUCACUAUUCAGCUUGUAAAUACAGUAGUAGUAUUGUAUAGUCGUAUGGACAAUAACCAUGAUGAUGUCAUCAGGGUUAUUGUCUCAGCUUUGGCUUUGUGUUGUAAACCGAGGGUGUAAAAAAUGAUCUCAACUCAAACAUCCAUUCACUAGGUUUUUUAUCAUUUCCCUGGUCAAAUGGAGGUGUGAAGUUAGACAUGGGUAUUGGACAUUGGUCUUAUUAAAUCGAUGUUAAUGGUUGCAUCAUGGGAAUUGUAGGAUCCGGUGUUUUGGUGAUUCAGGAUAUCUCACCCUCUGAUGCAUCAAUUUUGCUUUCUUUUUCUAAUCUGUUACUUGUGAGUCCCCUACCAUGGAAGUGCAAUACUUAAGUGUGGAGUCGCUGGAUUUCCCCUGUAAGACAAUCAUGGAAAACUCAUUUUUUGUUGUUAUUUUGUUGUUGUGUAAAUUCAUUGACAAAGACCUCAGACAUUAAUUUACAAUGUCAAAAUCAGAUCUGCCUGUAAAGGCUUAUGCCACUAAAAAUCAGCAGCUUUCCAAAACCUCUGGUCAAUAAGCUACUGUGAUGGUGCCAAGUUAGAAAUAUAAUGUCAGGUAAAACCAGACUCUAAUACAUGUAUGUUCAAGUAUGAACUGAUUCUGGUAAUAACUGAAGACGCAGAUACUUUAUACUUCAAGUGUUGCACCUAACUGCAGUAUAACGCCUUUGUCUUAUUUGAUCAAAGCUGUAAGUGUGUGUUUUGUAUACUGUGUGUCUGCUUGGCGUGUUGCAUACUCACCCUCACUGCUGUCCAAUAAUAUUCCUCUCAUAUAGGUGGGAACAGAAGCUUUAGCCCUUAGUCGGUGCCUUCAUCUACCAUUGAAGUUCAUUUAUUUAAAACCAUUGUCAAACUAGCACAUGCUGCACGCUGCUUUGCUUGUUUUAAAAAAAUCCCAAGACAAGGUUGAUUUCAACUGCUUCACUACAAGUCUGCCUUUCUGUUUUGUGUAUGCUGUAAUUUAUAAUAAAACAUUUCAAAAAAGAUGAAGGCGAAAAAGCUCC